AUGGCAACCCACCCACCUGACAACAACAACUGGCAUGAUGAAGAAGACGUCUUGGUUAUUGACCAAGCUGUCGGUCUGCCAGAUGUUGGAACAUUCAAUCUUUACAAGAUUACUCCUCCUCUCAAAGAAAGAGAGGAUCUUGACAAAUGGAUCGACAAGGUUGAGAAGAUCUUAGAGAGCCAUAAUUUACACAAUUUGAUGUCUAGCAGUUUAGACAGCGACUUGAUAGAGGAAAUCAAUGGUCGGGGAAACCCGAUUACAUUCGCAGAUGAGUUUUUGGAGGAGAUUCGGAAGCAUCUAAAAGGUGAAGGUCAUAGUGCUUUAAAGGCAGCGAUGACAGCCUUCCGGUCUAUCUCACGAAAGAAGUUUUCAUCAAGUGAUGAGUUCAUUGUUACAUUGAAAGCAACAUACAAAACAUUGAUGGAUUUGAAAUCUAGAAUUUCGCCCUACUUUGCUCUACAGACGAUGCUAAUAGAGCUAAUAGAGGUGCCAGAGUUAAAUAGCUUUAUUGUUGUAAAGGACAAUAAACUAAACGCCAUUGAGAACCCAGUUACUACGAUUACUAUGAUCGAUUUCCAUCGAUAUAAUACGGCAAUUCAGGACUAUAUCAAGUCCACUUCCGCCGAUUCCUUUGGCAUCAUGUCAGCGGUUAACAACGAUCAACAACGACGUCAAUCUAACAAUCCUCCGAAUCCUUCGAACCCUCCGAAACCUCAGAAUCCUCAGAAUGCUCGUUUAACGAAUUCACCUCCGAAAGGCACGUCUCCCUAG